AUGGGCCAGCAGAUCUCAGGCCAGGUGGUGAUGACCCGUCUACCUGAGAAGCUGGUGAAACACGCCGGGCUGGUACGAGACAGCAGUUACCUCAACUACGAGGAGUUCCUGGGCAGGGUGGCAGAGCUCAAUGACGUGUAAGGCCGACCAUGUUGUGUCAUACUGUCAAUAUACUAAUUGUUUGCGCUGUUCUUUGUAAUAAGUCAGUAGGCAAAGAGAUCUACAGAGAAAUAGCAGUCUUUCCCCUUUCAUUUUGAGAUAGUGAGAUAAGGCCCCAAAGUACUGGUCCUCCUCUGGCACUUCUUGAACAUGAUCCAAUUACACCACUGGUUAUUAACUGACACGAUCCAGGUUAUGAACUUAAUCAAGAGCUAGAGCUGGGAGAUAUGGACAAAAAUCCAUAUUGCGAUAAAUUGCCUGAAUUGAUGCGAUAAUGAUCAAUAGAACAGUUUUUUAAAUUUGUAUUAUCCUUUAAACUAUUACUACUAGUUUGAUGGUUGUAUCUGUCAAUUGUCCCAUUAACAAUUGCAUAUAACGGCAAACUUAUUUCAUUUCAAACUUCACAUAUCUAUAGUAUAGGCUACUUAUUAACGAUAGCAGCAGAAUGCCUGCGAUAAGUGAUCGGUAUGGUCGCUGUGGAUUAUCCUCCCAGCUCUAGUUAGAGCGUUCUCGGCCAACUGUAAUGUAACCAAGUCUCUUCCCCAAUAAGUAGACCUUGCUGGUGCAAAUGUAGCUCUGACAGGCGGUAAGUGACAGAAAAUUAGGAUAGUUUGGUGUCAGUGUUGAAUUGAACAGAAAGUGCAUUGCUUUGGUUGGACAACGGCACUUAACCAGCGGCAUAAAAAAAAACUCUUAGAUAACUUUAAGAGUGACUUACCUUAAAAAGGUUGAUCAUAAAAUAUUGCAGAAAUGUCAUGACUCAUGAUCAUCAAACAUCCCUUUAAUUGGUGGGGAUGAUAAGGCUAUACUAUAGCCUAGCCUAAUCUUCUCCACGACUAUUAAAUUGUUCCCGUUAGUGAGUCCUUCCCUUACGGUGAAAUAAUUUGUUGAUUUAACAACGUUUCUCCAUGAAUGUGAACUGGACAGGACAGCUAAGCUGGCAGCUGGACAGCAAAAACACCUGAUCUUUGAAGUCCAGACUGGCUCGGACGCCUCUGCUCUGUGGAAAGUGGCUGUGAGAAUAGUGUGUACCAAGGUGAGAGAGGGACAAACUGAAGUUGGUCACCAAUUAAUGAGAUUUUCAUUGUGAAUCAGUCUCCACUCUCCCUAGCUUUUUACGGGGCUUGUAUGUGUUUUGAAACUGAAAUUGUUUGUUGUGUGCAGUGUGUGUGUUAAUGGCAUGUGCAUGUUUUUGAGACUGUGUUAUUGCCUUGUGGUUUGUCAGAUCAACAAAGAAAAUGGGAUGGUGGAGGCGUCUCGUAUCAUGAACCUGUACCAGUUCAUUCAGCUGUACCGUGACAUUACCAGCCAGGCAGCAGAGGUGCUGUCAGCAGAGGGCGCCAGCCUCCCGUCUGGAACCCUCCCAUCAGGGGACUCCUGUCAGGCCAGCAUGUGGAUGGGCAGGUUAGUACAUCACUGUGUGUGUGUGUGUGUUUUCGUUCAUAUGUCUGUGUGUAGUCUUGCGUUGCCAUCCUUCCAAGUCUCGUUCAUUACUUUUCUAUUCUCGAACGUGAGAAAGAGUCUGGAAGCUGAGGCUAGCCAUUGUGUUUGUUCACAUACAGGGUAAAGCAGUUGACUGAUGAGGAAGAGUGCUGUAUCUGCAUGGAUGGGAAAUCUGACCUCAUCCUGCCCUGUGCUCACAGCUUCUGUCAGAAGUGCAUUGACAAGUGGUAAGAGAGUCGGACACUAGCCACAACAAUCCACAGAUGAAUCUGUUGUCACAAGGUCCAUAUUCAUGGGUAAUUUGAGUCAAUGAAAUGAAUUGGUUUGUUUUCAUAGGAGUGGGCAGAGCAGGAAUUGUCCGAUAUGCCGCUUGCAAGUCACCGCUGCCAAUGAGUCAUGGGUGAUGCCUGACGCCCCUACAGAGGAGGACGUAGCUGGCUAUAUCCUCAACCUGGCUGACGAGGCAGGCCAUCCACACAGACCUUAA